AUGCUCAAUAGUAAGCUUCGCAAAUUAUUCGCAAAAUUCAACGUCGACAAAGAAAUGAAGAUUCAGUCGGUAUCGAAAAAGAAACAUCAAAAGAAAAAUCACGUCACGAGUCUGAUAUUCGACUACUCGUCGCCAUUCGAUGUGGUAAAGUGGAGCCGAGUAUGUAAGCAGUUCAAACGGAUAACGGAUAAUCGAGUUCAACACAUGUUAUAUUUGGAUGUCUUACGUUUUGACAUCACACAAAUUCUGCCUAGAGGAACAUUAGGAGAUGGAGAUUUUUUUCGACAUCCGACUUGUAAUCUGCUUGCACAUCGUGAACAUCGUUCUAUUCUUCUAGCGGCUCAUAUACAGUGGACCACAAAAGAAGUGACAAAACUUCGUGCAGCCAUUCAAUACUUUGGCAGAUCAGCUCAUACGAUAACGGUAGGCGAUUAUCAAUCAAUUACUAGUCGACAGAUGUUAGGGAUCGAAUCUCUAUUCGUUCCAGCUGAUUCCUUCCAGGAAGUAACUGUAGAGAUGUCUAACUUAAAGCAAAUUCAAUACGAAAGUAGAAAAACCGAAACAUUUUCGAGAUUUCAGCUUGACGCAUGUAUUGCUGAGCUGUGCGUUGCCGGCCAAUGCACAACAGACAUAUCGACAUGGUUCGCCUUCCAAGCAGCAGCUGGAGGUGCGGAUCCGAUGCCGAUGAUGGACGGAAUACAGAUUCCUGGAUGGUUGCAAGCAGAUAUGAAAUUCAAUCAGUCCACUUAUCUAUGUCAGACCGAUACUGAUUUACCGCCUUGGAAUCCAACCACUCAGCGUAUUCCGCUCGGUCCAUUGUUUCCGAAAGCAAAAGAAAUCACAUUCCGUUGUACGGUACCACAACUGAGGCGAAUGCGUCGCUUAGCGGUCUAUCGUACACCGGCCACACUGAUCUUCUCUCCUGAACAGCUGCAAGUAUUCAGGCUUUCUAUUAUCGGUGCUCGAAAUCGUGCACCGGCAACGCUGAAACUACGGCCGUUUCGUGAAUGGCUCGAUGCAGAUCAGCUUGGCAAUAAACUCUGCAUACAAUUCUCCUAA